AUGAUGUUAUUUAGUGUUACCCGCUCGUUCCUUCGCGGAGCGCAACGAAUAGACGUCCAUCGGAACCGGGAUGUGCACCGUUGGGUAGCACCGACGUUGCGUGAACUUCGUCGGCGCCGCGAAAAAAUGGGCCCAGAAGCCAUAAUGCCUCGUUCCUCCCACUCCGACUGGAACUACAGUGCAGAAAUAUUCGCAUUCGGCAAACGGCUACAGGAAUCGUUUGAUCCAAACGUCCUACAGCAAGCUUUCACACACCAAUCGUUCAUCGAGCAGGAAACACGCAAACAGGCAGCGGUCGGUAUCGAGCAGCCGGUACUCGGUGUCAACGACAACCGGGAGCUGAUUGCGCAAGGCGAACGUUUGAUCGUGGAUUAUGUAGAAGCCUUCCUGCUGACAGCGCUGCCACGCUUACCACGACAAUUCAUCUCUACCGUGCGGGAAGCCCUCACCGACGAGUCACAGUUGGCGCACGUAUCUUUCCAUAUAGGCACGAAAGACAUCAUUAUGGCGGCCGAAUUUCCCAUCGGUGAAGCUUUACUAGCAUCGACACUGAAAGCGAUCGUGGCCGCACUACAACGUUCGUCGGGCGAUGAACGGUGUUUUCUGUUCGUGCGUGACUUAAUCUGCGGUCAGCUAAAUCAGCGCGAUCUGUACGAGUAUUUGGACAUUGUGGAUCCACUUCGCACGUUGAAGGAAUAUUGCAACGAGCGAGGACUGACCGAACCUGAACCACGGCUUAUCGGUAGCGUAGGGAAAAAUACGCUGCUGGCGGCUUACAACGUUGGCAUUUACAGUGAUCGAAAGCUACUGGGUACGGGGUACGGUGAAGAUCAAACAGUUGCCAUCCAAGCAGCAGCAAACGAUUGUCUACGCCAGCUGUUUGGUACCGAGAUUCACAUGAAGCCGGUGGAUUUCAGGCUAACGUUAAAAGAUUGCGCACGCCAUGUUCCUCAACAGCGCACCAGCGGUAAGGUUGGAAGUAGGCAGUAAAGCCGUUACAUC